UUAACACCGUAUGCGCACAUAUUCGUUUACAAGUGAUCAAAACAUCGGAUAUAUUGAAGACAAUUCGAGCGAAGGCUUAUGAUGUAGUUGGUAUUUAAAGCUGUUGGUGAUUACUCUAGCGUAUUGUUUUAUUUAUCUAUUCCCUCCAAUAUAGGUGUACUAUUGACGUGUUAUGCAGAUUAUCACAGAAAAGAACUAACCUACACCUCCGUGUUACGUUUGCAUGCACCAACACGUCUACGUCUGUUUAUAUUAUAGUCGAUCGAUCGAUAACACGGAAAUAGACCCACUCUUUACAAAAGCAGAAACUAUUUGACCAACGAUUUACAGGAUCAUUUUCACUGAUGUGACUUGCCAGUUACAUCUAUGCCGAUAAUAUUAUGGGUCAGCAAGAGUCGAUCCCAACUGGGACCAAAGCCAUGAUCCGGCAUCGAACAAGUGGACUGUACGUGCAUCCAUUUGAAGGAUCGGACUCUCCCAGCGAAAACACCCGACUGGUUCUUCAUGGGGACAUUCACUGUUUCCGGUUCAUAGCAGAGGAAUGCGAAUACGGGUAUAUCGAACAUGUGUCCAGCCGUAUGGUUGUGCACCCAUUCCGAGGUAAGCAGACGCCGAUAGAGGAAACGGAACUUGUGUUGAGGGAAGAAAGAACAGAGGCUGCCUGGUUUUCAUACGACAAGAAGAACCAGUUCAUCCUCCAUAAAGGCGGACUUUACGUAGCGCCGUCUGGCGGUGAGGAAGAGCCAGACGAAAACACUGCGCUAGUUCUGUGUCAGUCUCCGAAUGCUAAUAUGCGAUUUGUUCUAGAUCCAAGAUAAACAUCAGCGCCGACCAUUAAUUUAUAUUCUUACACACCCGUUGGUGAGAAAAUCAUGCGAUAUUUUUAAUAACACAUAGUUGUUAACACACGUAUGUGUGUUAACAAUAUCAAGACUGGCUGCACUAAAAAAAAAACCCAGCACGGUGGAAAUCGAUUACACUGUUACGUAUAAUUAACCUGGCAACCAUGUGUCUGUGACACGUAAGUCGGCUACAAGUGCAAACGGCUGUAAAUAUCUUUCAGUCAAUAAAGAUGUUAAAAUGUG